GUCACCAAAAGAAUUAAAGGCCUUUUCUUAGAACUGAAUAACACACACUACUGCUGCUGCUGCUGCUGCUGCUGCUACCGUUACUUCUCUUUCUUCUCCCAGUUCAGCCCGCCGCCGCCUUCAUCCUUCAACAAGGGUCCUCGGCCUAAAAGAGCAUGCGUGCUCGUCCCCUCCCGUUGACUUGUUCAAUCUCGCAUGCCCAUCUACCGUACGGCCAUCCUUCUCUCCCCCUCGGCCCAAGUUAUGCGCUGGUCAGUCAGUCCCCUUUCCGUCCCGCGGCGCGAUGGGGGAAUGGGGGAGGGGGGGUGGCGGAUGAGGAAAAGGAGGGAAAACUAGGUAUGUAUCAUUAUAUGUAUAUAUCCGGCGCCUAAUUCGUCGACUUGUUUCUCGAAACAAGGGGGUACAUUCAAAGUAAUAAUAGUAAUAAAGAAAAAGGCUUUCUCCUUUCCUGCAGACCGCCCAAAAGUCC